AUGCCUUCUGCUCCUUCUAUCGACCGCCGUGAUAAACCCAAUUUGGCUCGUCACCCAUCUCACGGUGCAUCUUCUCCAGUUGGGACGAGGAUGGUACUCAUCGGUGGCGAUUUAAUUAAGAAUUGUACUACAUUCAAGGUGGGCAGCGCAUUUCUUGUUUCCCAUGUGAUUCUUCCGAAGCAGUCGGGAUCAUCCGAUGGUUGCUUUGCCGAAGGAGAGGAAGAGGUUUUUGCAUACCAGGACAAACACGAUUUGAUAACGCUUGGAUGGAUACACACCCAUCCCAGUCAAACAGCUUUUCUUUCCUCCGUCGAUCUUCACACUCACUGUGCUUAUCAGAUGAUGCUAAAUGAAGCUAUUGCUAUCGUAUGUGCACCCUCCCAUAAUCAGUAA